CACACCAACUCAGUCUUGUGGCGCGAAACUGACGGAGCUGUCAAAACGGGACGCGGGAAUCGCCAUUUUUAUUUUUUUUGAAAACACAUUUUUUUUGUUAAACGUAUCCUAGAAAAAUGAAAUACCUUAUCGUACUGGCCGUUUUCGCUUUGGCGUUCGCCGCUGAAGAGAAGGAGGAGAGGCCGAAGACAUUCAGGCGGUUGAUUCCAGCUGACGUUUUAAGAGAUUUCCCCGGAAUGUGCUUCGCGUCCACCCGCUGCAUCACCGUCGAGCCCGGCAACACCUGGGAGCUGUCUCCGUUCUGCGGCCGCAGCACCUGCGUCGUCAGCGAGGACCAGCCUCCCAGGCUGCUGGAGCUUGUCGAAGACUGCGGACCUCUGCCACUCACCAACCCCAAGUGCCAAUUAGAUACCGAAAAGACCAAUAAGACCGCUCCCUUCCCUGGCUGCUGCCCGAUCUUUACCUGCGAGGAGGGCGCCAAGCUGGAGUACCCUGAGCUCCCCACCCCUCCCCCAGAAGACAAGAAAGCGGAGGAGAAGCCUAAAGCUUAAAAAGUAAAACUACAAAGU